GUGGUCUGUAACUCCCCUCGGAGAUGGCGGCGCUCUGGGUGUCCGGCGUUACCCGAAGAGGCCUCACGUGGAUAGUCUCAGGGGCGCCCCGCAGAGAAUUUUGGUCUCGAUUCAGGAAAGAGAAGCCAGUGGUGGCUGAGAACACAGAAGAAGUGAAGGAAGAACCUAUCUUAGUGUGUCCACCCUUACGAAGCCGAGCGUACAUACCACCUGAAGAUCUCCAGAGUCGUUUGGAAUCUCAUGUCAAGGAGGUUUUUGGCUCAUCUCUUCCCAGCAGGUGGCAGGACAUCUCCCUGGAAGAUGCUCGUCUGAAGUUCAAUUUCUUGGCGCGUUUAGCUGAUGACUUGGGCCAUGCAGUGCCUAACUCUAGGCUUCAUCAGAUGUGCAGGGUCAGAGAUGUUCUUGAUUUCUAUAAUGUGCCUGUUCAGGAUAGGUCUAAAUUUGAUGAACUUAUUGCCAGUGAUCUGCCUCCCAAUUUAAAAAUCACUUGGGGUUACUGAGCAAUUCAGAAGAGGAACACAUUGAGAUCAUUUUUUUUUCCCUCUGAGUGAGGGGGCUGCUUAUCAAACCUUUGGAUACUUGACCAUGUGAAAUCCUAUCAGAACUGUUCUCUAAACCCACAUUUUCUGUAGAAGAAGGCAUUGUCUCUUUUUUCCCUCAUAUUAUCAUGAAUUGACAAAUAACAGGAUUUUCUUUUUUCACACUUGCUGUACUUGUUUGUUUUUUUAUGGAAUCAAGUCAUUAAUAUUUUAUGAAACCUUUCUUCUCCAGAAGACACUAGUUAACUUGGGUUUAAGAUAUGAGGCCAUUAUGUGUUCGGGUGUGGUCUCUAUUCUUCAUAGGCAUAAAAGAGUAGAUGCAAGAAAAAGUUUUAAUUUUGUUAGAACUCUUAAAUCUAAGAUGGUAUUAUAUAUAGUACAUAGACAAAGAAACUGAGAUAUUUUAAAAGAAACAUAAAAAUCUAUAUUGUAUAUUAUAGAAAGUUGUUUCACUGUUGGCUUUACUGCACGAGGAGAAAUAGUAGAAAAUGAUACUGUUCAUUCUGGAUGAGUCUCUUGGAAUUAAAGUAGAUUUCUUGAAGUGAGUUGUAUGUUUUAAUUUUUUUAAAGGUGAAAUUUGCUAUUCUGCCUUAUCAUUUCCUUAGUUUAAAUAUUAUAAAUAAUGAAAAAAUUAGAAUAUAUGCCAACUAUUAAGUGCUGACUCUUUUAAAUAAGAGAUAUGCCAGAUUCUAUAUCUCAAUGAAUAUUCUCUUCAAAGGAGAUGAUGUUUAUUUCAAACCAUUUAUCUUUUCUGUAAUUUUUUAAAAGUGGCCUUGAGUACCUGUGAGUAUCCACUAGGGUAGUAAGUCUUUGCAGACUUUGGUGUACUAAUUUUGUGGAUAUUACUCGAAUACCAAGUUACCAGAUGGUUCUAAAUCACAAAAUGAUUAAAUGAGGAAGUGAUUAGGGAUUAUUUUUUAUCAGACUUUAGAUACGGCUACAGAGUAAUGAGACAAGAAGAAGGAAUUUCUUAUCUUGGCUCUAAUAAUUCUGAGAGAAAAGUGAUAGGUUUUAAACAAAGGAAAAUUUCAUUUAUUCUCUUUGCCAAGGUGACUGCUUUGACGAGGGCAAAAGUCAGUUAGGUAUAUAAUAAUUUAUUAGAAAAAUUAGGUACAAUACAGUCAUGCUCUAUAAAUGUCAUCAGCAGGCAGUCAGAUUUUCAAUAACCUCUACAUUUAAGAACUUCAGAAGUCUGGAGUGCCAGAGUAGAGCCCUGGAGUUGAACGCUGGAGCUGUUAGAUCUUUUUUGCUUCUGUGCAAAGGGUUCAGCAUGGAAACAUUUGCAUUUUACGUACAGGAUUUGGUUAUCUCAUUUCCCACACAACUUUUACUUCCAACCUGGAGACAGAACAGUGUGCAAAGGGCAAGAUGGAAGUAAGGGAUGGUAAGGGCAGGAUGGAAAAACACUUGGUUUCAGCAGGAGAACUGCAAAACCGGGCUUCACAUAAGUGUUAAGUUGGAAGAAGGUACUCCUUUGUAGCCUGGAGCAGUGUUCCUCAAAAUUUAAUACAUAGAUGAAUCACUUGGGGAUCUUUCAAAAAUGCGGAUUCCGGUUCCACAGUCCAGAGUGGGUCCUGAGUUUCUGCGUGUCUGAAAAUUUCCUAGGUGAUGCUGAUAACGUUUUGAGUAACAUGUCCCUUGUUAAAAUCAAAGGCAGAGGGAGACCAGCCUUGAAGCUUCCCUGAGCAGACAAAACUAGUUUCAGUCCUGAAUUUAGCAUAAUUUCCAGUCACUUUGGAGACACUGUCUUCUCGCUGUUCUGUUUAAGCUCCUUUGUAACAAUAUACCCCUGAACCUCAUUCCAUGUUUUGGUUUGAGUGCUCCUGGUUUACAAACUGCCUUUUUGGUGUGUGGACAAUAAAUUUUUACUAAUUAUUU